AUGGCCAGCCAGGAUAUCCAGAGCAGGGCCAGGAGAGGUUCGCGGGUGUCUGGUGGGCGCGAACUCAAGAUGCCUCCCACCUACACCGUUGACGGGAGGACAUAUACAGCGGGCCCCGAGAUGCGUCCUCGCAGCCAUACAGUAUCAGUGGAGGCGAACAGACGUCCGCUGAACCUACCUAGCUCCCCGGGCCGGCGACCCGUCGUGACAACUAUCAAACCGCGAACUCAGACUCGCUAUCCUUCCCCGACUCGAGAUAGCGGAGAGCGGUAUAUAUUCCCUUCCUCGUCUCAUUCUCGGCAUAGGCAGUCAUCAGGGGCAGCAGGGGGAGACAGUGAUACGUUACUAUUACCUGGAGACCGUGAAAUCAAGUAUAGGAAUGGAUAUCUUGCUCCUGCUAAUAAUUCUGGAUAUCCGAGCCCCAGCCGGGAUUCCAACUAUAAAGACAUCGAUGUUCGUGACUCAUUCAGCUAUACCAAUGCCCGGGAGCAAUUUUACAGGGACUCGGACGCCAUUCGAGAAUCUCGUAGGCAGGCUCCACCCACCAGAAAAUCGAGGCCGCUGAGCUUGACUGGCUUGGAAGCAUACCUGCCACAGAUCACGCGUGACCCCAAAGCUAGUGGCCCUCCACCGUCAUCCCAGGGAUUCCCUGGCACCAAGAAGGAAGACGCUCCUCGCACCUAUAAGGAGAUAAAGCCACGAGACGUGGAUACUAGCAAUAUCAAUAAGAAUACCUCCAAGCCGCGAACUUCUGAUAGCCCUAGGCGGAGCAGCACCCAUCGCACCCCUGUGUCACUGCACCAAGACAGGACGCCAUCUCCUGCUCCCCGUCGGUCUGGAUACGAUGAUACCAGAGAAAAGGGAUAUCAGAUACGGCGAGAUGCGAAUAACAUCGUUGUCGUUGAUGAUAAACCUGAACCUCCUCGUCGGGACCCUCGUCGGAGCGUUUCCGGUCAAGUCCCAGGCCGUGAGCGUGGGUACUCCAACACUCAAACUCCGGAUGGAAUGAUGAGUGGCGGCCUUGCAACGGCCGGUCUUGCGAGUGGCUAUUCCAAAGAACCCGUGGAGAUUUCCCCACGGCCGGACGCACGGAAUGGACGGGACCACACCGACUAUCCCAGUCGUGUCGAGGAUAGGUAUAAGCCAUCAUCAAAAAACUGGUCACAUCAAGUUGAUGAUGGCUAUCACUCGGAUGGAGCCAGAGAAAAAUAUAGAUACAAGUCAUCACCUCCUCGAGAGCCAGAACGGCGCCCCAGGGACCCAUCGCCCGCUGAAUCAGAUACCAGACGGCCAAUCAACUCUCCACGCCACGACGACUUCGUAGAAGUAGCCCCAAGGGAACCCAACCCUUCUUCUGCAAAAAAACCUUCUCCUCCGCCUGCUAAGACGAGUCCGGAGGCACAAGCGCCCAAGGGAAUCCUCAAACAACCCACGGAGAAAUUCCCUGAGGAGCCCCAUGCUGUCAGAGAGGGUGUUGCGCCUUUGAAGGACGCACAAAAGAAAGGAGUACCAGCCGGCGCCCGCUGGACUAAGAUUGAUAGAAGACUGGUCAGUCCGUCAGCUCUUGAAGGGCGUGAACGAUUUGAGGAGCGUCCGGACUACGUUAUUGUGUUGCGUGUGCUAUCUAGGGAAGAAAUAGAGCAAUACGCAGUUGCAUCUGCUAAGAUACGAGCCGCAGCACGAAACCGACGAAAUUCUGAUCGGAGAUCCAGAGACGAAGAUGAGAGCCGAAGCCGAGGACGUGGCUUCGACAGCGACGGCGAUGAAGAGAGGCCAUCCCAGCUAAGGAUUGAGCCACCCAGACGAUGA